AUGGCAUCUAUCCAUAAGAAGUUUACCAUUUCACCAACUAAGGAUUCAUCGUUGAAAGUUUUGCCAGCAGAUUAUAAACUCGAUUCUAUUUACAUCAACUCUGAAUUACCCUUUCCGAACCUUUCAGAUUUUAUAAAGAGUUCAACUGCAUAUUAUCAUUUAAAUCCUAUCAUAAUACAAAGUUCAUUAAAAGAAGGGUUCGAAAAAUAUUUGAAUGAAAUUAACCCUAAAGUCAAAUCUAUAUUCGUUGGAAUUCGAUACUCAGACCCUUAUGGUUCGAGCUUAGGAUACGAGCAGGUGACUGACCAUGAUUGGCCUAGAUUCUUAAGAAUUCAUCCUAUUUUGCAUUGGAAGUAUGAGGAUAUCUGGGAUUUCUUAGUAGGGUGUGACUUGGACUAUUGUGAGAUGUAUGACCAAGGUUAUACCAGUCUAGGUGGUAUUUAUAAUACCACACCCAACCCUUACUUAAAAUUAGAAGGUGAUGUUGCAUAUGCGCCAGCGUAUAUGUUGAGAAAGAAUGCAGAUGAAAGAGAGAGAUCGGGCAGAACAUCUAACCGCACAUAA